AAUGGUUGUUAGAAUUAUUGGAAAUUCUAUAAGCAAAUAAAUUGUGUUUAAAAAUAGAUUAAUCAGUUUAGGAGAUAAUAGAGAAAUUGAGAGACUAUAGUUAAAAAAGGGAUAGUAGGCAUAGGUUUGUGGAAUAACUAAUACAUCUAAAUGA